GUUCUACGGUUCGUACAGUUUGUGGAGAAUUUCUUUCACCGCUCCAAAAUGGUGAAAACUCGGCAUAGUUUGGAAACGGACGAAGACCCACCGGAUUCAUUUUUGACUAUAGGGACGAGAAGGACACGUGAUCGGAAUGUUCAAAACUACAAGGAAUAUGACAGUGAUGAAAGUGGAAUAGUGAACUUCUCUCCUCAGUCAAAAAGACAGCAGCAACAGGAACACAUAGAUAAUGAUGUGCUUACAGAGGAAACUGAUACCUUGAAGAGCAGAAGACAGACAAGGAAAACUUCUCAUGCUCUGGAAGAUGAUGACUUUAUCUCAGGGACACGCUCUAGAAGGAGCACACAAGGUUCUGCUGUGAAAAAUGAGCUUACUUUACUCAAUGGAGAUUAUGAUGGUGUUCGGAGAAGUGGUAGACGGCGCAAAUUAGUCUGUGAAAAUUUCAACGAAAGCUUGAUGGCAGCUACUAGUUUUAUUGCUAGUGUGGCUGAACAGAGCAGAGAAGAUGAAAACAGAAAGAAAAGGAGAAGGAAUGAAGUUGAGCCAGAAGUUGCCGAGGAAGAAGGGGAAUAUUCUGACAUCUAUAGUCGAGUUAAGCGUCAGCGCAAGCAGGUAAAGCGUGAUAUGUAUGGAAUCCCUAUCCAUGAAGAUGAUGAUGAUGAUGGGAAAUCAGAGGAAGAAGAAGAGUCAAGUAGUAGUAGUGAUGAUGAGGAAUCUGAUGAUGAGGAGGAAGGAGAAAAUAAUGCAAAUAAUGAGAAAGACACACAAAAAGAGCAAAGAACAACACGAAGAUCAUAUUUUCUCAGGGAACAUAAACCAAGAACAAUGUUCUUUGAAGCUGGAAACACAGAACCUUUGAAAAGAAAAAAGAACAAGUUCAGAGAUAUAACCCCACCAAGGAGGAAGUUUAGGCCAAAAACCUACAAGUCGCCAGCUCACCGCAGUCCAAGGUUCAAAAGGAAAAGAGCAGCUUUUCACGACAAUUCGUCUACCUCAAGCUCAUCAUCUUCUUCCUCUGCUGGUGACAGCAGUGACGAUGAACGAAGAUUUGAGCGUCGUAAGGCUAAGAGCAUGACCAAAGCGAGACAGAGGUGCCUGCCGAUGAACUUUGGCCCAGAAGAUGUAGGGCAGGGGGCGAUACGGGAUCGUAUGAAAAUUGGUGCCAGUCUGGCAGAUGUUGAUCCUAUGAAUAUUGACAGAUCAAUCACAUUUGACAGUGUGGGAGGCCUGGGCAAGCAUGUACAAGCAUUAAAAGAAAUGGUGGUCUUUCCACUCCUUUAUCCAGAGGUAUUUGAAAGGUUCAAGAUAGCACCUCCACGGGGAGUUCUGUUUUAUGGACCACCUGGCACUGGAAAGACUUUAGUUGCCAGGGCCUUGGCCAAUGAGUGUAGCCAAGGGGACAGAAGAGUCGCCUUCUUUAUGAGAAAAGGUGCUGACUGUCUUAGCAAAUGGGUGGGAGAGUCUGAACGACAGUUACGUUUGCUGUUUGACCAGGCCUACCAAGUUCGCCCCUCCAUAAUUUUCUUUGAUGAAAUAGAUGGUUUGGCACCAGUGAGGUCCAGCAGACAGGACCAGAUCCACAGUUCUAUAGUUUCCACCUUAUUGGCCCUGAUGGACGGACUGGACAGUAGAGGAGAGAUAGUGGUCAUUGGGGCUACCAACAGAAUAGACAGUAUUGACCCAGCCUUGAGGAGACCUGGGAGAUUUGACCGGGAGUUUAAUUUUCCAUUGCCUUCUUUAGAGGCAAGAACACAGAUACUGAAGAUUCACACAAAGGAAUGGAGUCCCAAGUUGGCCACACCCUUCGUGGAAGAACUUGCUGCAAAUUGUGUUGGUUAUUGUGGGGCAGAUUUGAAGGCACUUUGCACAGAGGCUGCUCUGUUUGCUCUCCGCAGACGAUACCCUCAGAUCUACACCUCUAAGGAGAAACUUCAGCUGGACAUCGCCUCCAUCAUGAUCACUGCCAAAGAUUUCCACCAAGCUAUGCAACGAAUUGUCCCAGCUGCACAGAGAGCCGUCACUUCCCCAGGGCGUGCCCUCAGCCUCACUGUCAGACCACUCCUGCAGAAACUGUUUGAUCAGGCACUGGAGGCACUGGGGUUUAUGUUUCCCACAGAUCUGGCCAAAAUGAACAGUUUGGAAGAUCAGGCCACAUCAUCUGAUGUACCGUCCAGUGAGAGUAAUGACAUGGUGAGUGAUGAAGAUGAAGAUGACAUGUGUAUAUAUGAGUCCACAAAGCAGGGAAGAUGGAGGAAAAAGAGCCCAGCAAUAACAAGCCCACAAGGACCUUUCCUAAAUUUUGCAAGCGCUGCCUACCAGAGGCCCUCUACACACAGACCCAGACUUCUGCUGGCUGGAGGUGAAGGUCAAGGUCAGAGUUCCCAUCUAGCUCCAGCAAUAUUACACCACUUUGAGAGAAUGCCAGUCCAUGUGUUAGACCUACCGUCUCUGUUUGCAGUCAGUGCUAAGACUCCUGAAGAAUCUUGUGCUCAGGUCUUCCUGGAGGCACGUCGCACCAGCCCCAGCAUAAUCUACGUUCCUCACAUCAACCAGUGGUGGGAGGUGAUGCAUGAUACCCUCAGGGCAACCUUCAUCACCAUGUUAAAUGAUCUCGUACCCAUGGCACCCAUCCUACUGCUGGCCACCAGUGACUUAAAAUACACAGAGCUUCCAGUGCAGGUCCAGUUUCUCUUCUCUGCAAAUUCCAGACAAGUUGUUCAGAUGUCAAAUCCUGGUGAAACUGAAAGAAGGGAAUUCUUUGAGGAUUUAUUUCUCAACCAGGCUUGUAAACCACCAACAAGAAAGGUUCAAGCAGCUCUGAGAGCUUUAGAAGUGUUACCCAAGGCCCCUCCCCCUGAGCCCAGAAAGCUGACAGAGAGAGAGUUGAAGAAAUUAUAUGACCAGGAGGAGAGCACCAUGAGAGAGCUCAGGUUGUUCCUCAGAGAUGUCCUCAACAAAUUGUCAAGGGACAGGAAAUUCCAGAUUUUUGCCAAACCAGUUGAUGAGGAAGAAGUUCCAGAUUAUUACACCAUCAUCAAGACUCCCAUGGACCUGUCUAUGAUGAUGCGUAAGAUUGAUCUUCAUCAUUACCAAACAGUUCAGGAAUUCCUGGAUGACUUUGAUCUAAUCUGUAGGAAUGCCUUGGAGUAUAACCCAGAGACUGACCCUGCUGGCAGAGCCAUUCGUCACAGAGGUUGUGCACUGAGAGAUACAGCACACGCCAUAGUAGACACAGAACUGGACCAGGAGUUUGAACAGCAGUGUCAGGAGAUAAAGGCAUCUAGGGAAAGAAGAGGAGAGAUGGCCAACAGAAAUGCUCCCAGUUACUACCACACCCGCGUCAAUCCUCCCCAGGGAGUGGGCAUCCCCCCAGACUAUCCCACACGCUACAGCCGCAGGGUCAGAGGCAUGGACGCGGGGCACCUGUCUGAUGUAGAAUUAAACAGUAACCCAGUAUCUCAGGAAGGAGUAGGGGAGGAUGGCAAGGCUAGGGCAGGAAAGGGUGAUGAUACUACCUCAGAGCCACUGGGCAGUGUGGUACCUUUCCAAUCCACACCAUCAGGUGAUAGCAAUACAACAACUCCUGUUGAACCAACCAGCAACAUUACCUCUACCUCAAAGGAUGACUCUAAAGUAACACCCCAUGCAAAUGCAUUGUCCGCAACCCCAGUCAGCUCCAAACGUAUCUCAUCCUCGGGAUCUUACAAAAAGAACAAGAGUAUCUGGUGCAGGCCAAGUAGACGGAAGCACCGUUAUCAUCACAUGAGGAGGAAGAUACAGGACUCCGCUGAGGAUGUUGAGGAAGACCUGGAGGAUAUUAAGGAAGAUACUCAAGAGCAGGAGAUGGAACAAAGUAGGAGCAGUCCAGAGACCACACCCGAGGGACCAAAGGCCGAGGGAGAUAAUAACUCAGAUGUUGAUAUGACUGAAGCCACAGAGGUCCGCAGGCAAAGUUCUAGGCUUCAUGCUAAAGAUGAUGUUGUGAAAGAGUCGACGGAUGUCCUUCCACCAGAGGUGGAAGUGUCCAAGACACCAGCAAUAGAGCUGUUAAGCUGUAAUGACAGUGGGUUUGGGAGUGCAGAGAGCAGGGACAGCACAGAGGGACCACUGAAGCCAGAAAACCACACAACUACAGAAGCCAAAUCAGACACGUGUGAAGAGAUGAAUGUUGAUGACAAACAAGAAACCUUGCCGUCCCUGCGGGUCACGCGGUCCCAACUGAAACAGAACCAGGGGGCAGUGGACAUAUUGGAGCACCCAGUGCCUCCACUAAUAGUGGACAAGGACAGGCUUAGGUUCUUACUGGAGUUGACUGUCCAACUGACCCAGGGUCAGUGUGUGGAGAGUCUGGAGAGGCUGCACAGUAUGCUGAGCCAGCUCAUCUAUAACCACAGGAAAGACUAUGACAAGACCACGCUAACUGAGAGAAUGGAAACCAUAGUCAAGUCAGCAGCAUAACCCAGGGAUCAACCAGAGGUCCAGAUCACUUGAUCUCAAUAACCCAAGGCAAAUAAAUAAAUAACUGAAACUUCAGGUAUCAGGCUCCGCAGUAUUAUUAAAUGUGAUUGUCAGCUCAAACCUGAUCUCCAGUAGAAUUAUUGGGCUCCCAUUUUGUGAAUUGUUUUUUGACAGAUGUUUUACAGUUUUGUAAAAUUUCUCGUCUUUGAAUUUUUUGUAUACACAGACACUAGAGACAUUUGAGAUGUCAGUUCUUUUAAAAAAUGGCUAGAGAAGGAGAACAACAAUUGCCCUUAGAGAUUCAAAGGAUAUGUAUAGAUCAACUCAGGACCCUCAUACAAGGGGAAAUGUCAAUUCAGAUAACACCAGUGUGUUCAAUAUUACAGAAUUCCAAAGGUUUUCAUUAAAAUGUAGGGGAAGUGUGUUGUUAAUUUUUGUACUAAAAACUGAUAUAUAUGUGCACCCGAUUUUUGUUUAUUAGAUUGGUGUAAUGCCAACUUUUGUAUUAUGAAAAUUUGAUAUACUUAUCCAAAUACUUCUGUUUUAUUUCGACUUGGGGUUUGUUUGUGGUAUGUUUUGUAAAUGUGGACUUUAAAUUUUUGUUUAGAAUUAGAUUCAAAUAAGUUUUUGUUUAGAAUUAGAUCAAUACAAAUUUCUUGUCAUGUGUGGCAAUAUUCACCUUUAGCUCACUAUGAGAAAUGAUAGAUUUAAUGUAUAUAAGAUUUUUUUCUAUGAAUUGUUUUAAGUUAUUGCCACAUUUUUGCUCAAUGAAGUUUGUGGCACUUUGUAACAUAGAUAGCACUUUCUAUUUAUUCUAAUAUAUAAGGACAAAUUUAUGGAUUUAUGUAAAUAUAUCAUUAUUUUAUUCAACUAAUGUGAGUUUACAUGAAAGAUUUGAUACAUAACUUUAUUCUGAAUAUGAUGAACAUGGGGGUGGAUUUUGCACCAUAAGUUUUGAGACUUUUUAUUUAUUUAUUUAUUGGUUUCUUUCUUUUUUUUCUGUACGUCACUCUUAGCUGCUAGUACAUGCCCUGAAGUGGUGAGCUGUAGAGAUACAAAACUCAGGUUGAAUCGACUAAAUACACGUUUAAGUUAUUAAUAUUUUGUAUUGAUGUGGUUGAGAAGAUUACUCUCGUCUCCUUUUCUGUCAUUUUUGAAUUCGGGAAGCUGUGUAGACACGUUCUGGAGUCAUUGAGCCAUGCUGCGGCUCUGAACUUAUACAUUACGUACGUGUCAUCUUCUUAUUGUAAAUAAAGUGUUGAAUUAUUUUAUCUUUAAUUA